AUGGAGAAACAAGAUGGCCAUGAGGCUCCCUCUACAGAGAGUCAGUUGGGGGGGACCUGGUCGAGCUGCGCAGGAUCGGGGGAGGUUGAACUGCUCAUGAAGGAACUCACGAGGCAAAUGCAGAAAGAGCAGCAGCAGCUUGUAGCGGCAGCAUCCUGCGCCGCUGCUGCUGAAGCCCUUCCUCUUGCCAAGGAGAAGCUGGGGAAUAUGACGGUGAGGCCAUCGACGCUCAUGGUCGUGAGGCAUCCCGUUGCGGAGGUAGUACUAGUGCCAGCAACAGCGCCAGUGAAAUCAGCUGCUUCACCUGCAGGUGAUGCCGCAGACGCAGUAGCCAUUCGCGCCCCUGGAGAUGCGAUCGGUGAGAUCGUUGGGAACUGCAUUGGCAGCAACAGUAGCAUGAACAACACAAACGGCAGCACGAGCAGCAGCAACAGAGUAGAACUCCUUGACGUAUCUGUAAAAGACAAGCAUUUGGAAAAUCGGCUGCUCUGCGCCUGCCCAGAGCUUAGAAGACUGCUGGGGCGGGGGUUGACCGUUUUGGAGUUCACAGACAUGGCCAGACAAAGGCAACAGGAGCAACAACAUCGAACACUGGAGCAACGAGAGCAACAUGCGCAGGUGCAGUCGCCGUAUGUGUUGGUGCGGCGAGGCCUCCCCAAGUUUUUUGAUCUCGAUUGGGAGUCGCUCGCUUGUUACUUUCUGCAGGCCCUCUCGCAACAGCAGCAACAGCAACAACAAGUAAAGCAGGGGAAACAGCAACAGCAACAGGAGCAACAGCAAGAGCAACAACAAAAGCAGGAGCGGCGCCUUGUGGAACACCCGAACCGCCAACUGCCAGAGGUGAAAACGGGAAUGAAGGACCAACAACAGCAGCAGAAAUGCCGAGUGAUAAACCCGGUGCAGCCGGCCCGAAGACCUGUUGAGCAAAACCAGCAGGGACAAAUGGGAAAGCAGCCGCAGAAGGAAAAGAAAGGGGCUGCCGUCUGCAAUGCUUUUGCAGUUUGCAAGGGGAAGAGUGAUGAGGUACUGCUGUGGGCGCAUCAAUUGUCGCGAUCUCUCUUGCAGUGCUUCGCUUCUCCCAGUAUGAGCAACGAUGCAGCAAGUAGCAAUAGCAGUAACGGGAGCAGCUGCAGCAGAAGCAUCAGUGGAGGCAUGGUGGAAGUGUGGGCCUUAGAGAAGUUAAAUGGAGAGGCUGCUCAUAUAUCCUUCUGCAGCCAACUUAAGGCGUGGGCAUGCUGCAGCAAGAAUGUGUGCCUCCUGCUUCCAGCUGGUGCUGCUGUUGCCAGCAGCUGCAAGUACACCAUGCCAGGGAUGAGUGCGUCUCGAGAUGACGCGGCGCUGAGAGACUCAUCUCAUCAGCAACGGCUGGCAGCGGGAGUACUGCAGGGACCAUCUCACCUGCAGGAGCAGCGGACCAGUAGGAAGCAGCAGCAGCAGGCGCAGCGGCAGGCUUUCAAGCUGCUUAGGCCGCUUGGCCUCGAUCGCUUUGUGUCACACACCGUUCCCCCUAAAGGACAAAAACAACCUUACCGAGAACAGUAUGCCUUGAGGGUCGCUGAUGCCUGGCAGCGCCUGCUGAAGCACUUGACAGAAGAACAGGUCGAGAAGCUGCAGUCAUUGUUGCAGAGCAAUACUCUGGUAGGCGAGCUGAUCGGCACUGAGGAGAGACAGCACAUCGUCCGUGCAUCCACGCGGCAGCCGCACCUCCAGCAACAGGAGCAGAAGCAACAUUUUGAGCAGGAGGAGCAGCGGCAGGAACACGAAGAGACACAAACGGGGAGAUUGACGUUUUUUGCGCUGGUGCCCCACAAGUCGGAUUCCGUUAACACGCCCUUUUGUGGACCUCCUUGCCGCAGCCCAGGCGUAGCGCUGCCGCUGCUUGAGUCCUUGGGCCUCGAGACAGCACGAGUAGCUGCACGCCUGCAGGCUUCGUCCCCCAUUGAGCUGCUGCUGCAGCUGCGUCAACUCGAGCAUGAGAAAGACUCGCCGUCUCCAUUCGAGACUGAAGGGCUUGUUCUGUAUUUCUGCAGAUGCAAAAGCAGUGUUGGCAACGAAAGGGACAACAGCAGCAGUGGCGGUAGCAACAGCAUCGCUAGCAGUAACACCAUGAGCGGCGACAGCUGCUCUCAGGAAGAAUCUGUUGUUGUGGCUCUCGCCAAGGCCAAAACCACAUUCUACCAAAUGCGCAGGAAGAUAAGGGAGCGUAUGAAACGCUUGAUACAGAGUUGCUGUUUCUGGGAAGCAGCGGCAGCAGCUGCUUCAGCUGCGGCUUGUCCAGCAGAACAGCCAUCCGACGCAAAGGGGAAGCAAAUUUUCGCUGAUUUUGUUCUGGAGGCACUUGAUGUUCCCUCCAAAGCUGCGUCUGCGGCUGCCUACGCAAACGGGAGCGAGGCGGAGUUAACUGCCGACAUAUCAGCCGAUGCAACAUCACCUGAAGCAGAAGCAUCUCGCCGUGUCCAGAUGGCUCAGACUGUUGGAAUGUACUGGUGCAGUGCCCUUGAAGGGGAACUGAGUCGCUUUUGUGAUAUGCUCAAAUCUUUCGUGCCUCAGCGUACCCUGCGUCCUCUUCUCAAAGAAAUUGUAAACCGGCAGUCCGUACGGAAGGAGGCGAAGGUGCUGCUACGGCAGCUGGUCCUGCACAAGCAAGAGUUGGACCGUCUCGUACAGACGGAGAAUUCUUCUUUCAGAAAGGCGGUGGCAUUUAGCUGCUCGCUGGCUGCAUCGCUGCUGUUGGCACUGCGAUGCCUCCCAGAUCCGCAGCACGUAUCUCUCCUCUGGCAAGAGCAUCAGAGUCCACAGCCUCCGCUGCUACAGCAACAACAGCAGGGACGGGUGGGAGAGUGCAGCGGCAGGGGCGCGGAGCUACACAAAGACUUGCAAGACAUAGGCUAUCUUCGGGACCUAAUCUGCGUGCCGGCUACGAGGAAGAAGAGAGACACUGGGGCUCCUCUUAUUCAGUUCUUGAUGGCUUAUGUUGACAUGAGGUUUCUGGACUUUAUGGAGGACAGCAGAGAAUUCGGUGAGGUCAUGGAUAUGCCUCAUAUAUGGAGAGCCCCUACGCAGAAGCUGCUGCUGACUCACAUGCAACGAGUAAACAGCAGCAGCGGCAGGAGGGUUAGGCAUCCAUUCGUUAUCGUCAGGAUGGCAGACCUCAACGGGGCGGGUGCCGCCGUUUUGACUCCGAAGCACUGGCAGCACGUACAAAAGAACAAGCCGCGAUUGAACCAGCAGCGAGCCACCGCGUACCUUGUGGUUCCUCCUUUGCUGUUGACUGCUUAUCAGUUUUAUGAACUACGGCAAGUGUGCCUUGAUCAUGGCUGCCGCUUGCUGUUGCGUCACAGGGCGUGCGCUGCUGGAUGCUGUUGCUGCAGCCUUCACGACUCCAGAAGCAACUGUCCUGGUGGCGCCCGUGAAGCGGUAACUGUCUCCGCCGCCACCGCAGAUUCUGCAUCGCUAGUUGUGCUGUGGGGUCUCGAUGAGCACGGUAGCUGUGUCUCUUCCGAGAGACUUCACCAGCUGCAGCAGCUGCAGACGCACGAGCAGCUACGAGAGCACAACCAUAGUUGGCGAGGCAUAGCCUUAGUCAACCAAAGUGGUGCCAUUGAAGGGCUAUAUGAUUUUGGCUUUGAGGGGGGACUAGGUAAUGCGUCCUCACAAGGUGCAACACGCUACCUCGUGGCGGAAACUGCUGUGGGGAAAGCCAUAUUACAAGCAGGGGGCAGAGUCGCUGAAGGCAUUCUUGCUUUGGCUUCGAAGUGUUGCAACAGGAACAUGUUGGACACCAAAUGCGGCGGCUCUCAGGCGCCUUUGCGGCCUGAAGCUGCUACUUCGGAUCCCCGUCGAACCAUUGUGAAGCUUCCUGCUUUGCUGGUGGCGAAAGGAACUGGUGUUCAGGAGAGGGGGAUUUGGCAGCGGGCAGUUGAACAAUUUGCUGCUGCAGUGAAGGCUGUGAUGCACAACACAGGCUACGGUUCUGACCCACGAGCAUACAACAAGACAGGAACUUUGGGACCCCCACCUGCAGCUGUCUUUUCCUCCGAGUCCCCGUAUUCCGGGACAGGCUUCGUUAGAGACAGUUGUCAGGGGAUGACCACUUCAGCUGACUCUGCAGGGCUACCUUCGCCUCCAUCGCCCGCUGCCUCGGUAGUUGUGCUGCUGCCAGUAGGCCUCCCUGGCAGCGGGAAGACAACCGUGAUGCUGGAAGCUCUGCGUCCUGCUCUGAGACACGAAUUCAUGUCCAGGAAUACCGUCUCCGUCGGAGGAGUAACUGGUCUCGUCAUUUGGGAGGGGCGCCCUCCGAACUCUCUGAAGAAGAUGAGGGCAGCGACGACGACAGCGUUUGCAACAACACCAGGUGCAGCGGUGACCACAGCAGCAACAUCAGCCGUAGCAAGCUCUUCUGCAACGGGGAUGUCGACCAGGGCAUCCGCAACAGCAACACCAACAGUAACGGCAGGGGCACCAGUUGCACUGUCAGCGCCGUUUGAGUCUGUAUUUGACUGUGUAUGUUUCUUAAGCUCAGACGAAUUUACGGGUGAAGUUUUGAGGUCCUUAGGACACAACACCCCUACCGGGUUGCUUCACCAGCUGUGUCUUGAAGAAGCACUGAGGGCAGGUCCAGCAGCUGCGGCAAGACUGAGCUCCCCUCGUGUACACAGGGACUCCGGUGGCCCUUUUGCUCUGUAUCCGGAUGACAAGACUAUGAACGUUGCAAUAUCAGAGGGCAAAAAGCUUUUAGAAAAUGCUCUCAAUGACUUUUUCGUGCAGUUGACCGACACUCUUGUGAAUCGAUUCUUACAAGAGGAACAAAGGCGGCAGCCAGCGAAGGAAGGGUCUUCCCCAGCAGAGUGUUGGAGUCCCCUCCGUGUCUUGGUCGUUGUGGACAGAAACCAUCCCCCUAACGCCAUAACCAGCCGCUUUUCAGAGGUGGAGAAAUUGCUGCGUGAUCUCCAGUGGGCAGUCUUAACUCGCUGUGGGGUGCUGGUGAAAGUUGCAACUGCAGCUCUGCUGCUACUUCCUGAUGCGGCCCAAGACAGAUCUUCCGUGCUUUUCAGGCUUCCGAGUGGAUGCUCCAAUGCACACAUUUCGUGGAACUUCCCUUGGUCCAUCGAAGUGGUUCUCAUCUGUAUGUACAGGGUGCUGUGCCGCGGCGCUCAUGCCACGCUCACUGGUGGAAGAGGAGGUCUUCAUGCUCCCUUUGAGGGCCUCUCGGACGUCGCUUCUGACCCAGACAUUGAACAGGACGUGAAGGCUCUGCAUAUCUGCUUCUCAUUCCUUUCUUUGUUCAGAGGAUUGCCCAACGUGCACGACUUCCUUCGCAGGAACUCCAACGUAACUCACGUGCUGCAGCUCCAGACAAUGCUAACGACUCAGCAGCAGCAGAAAAAGGUGCUCCAACCGGUGCACCAGCAGCUGGAGAAACAGCAGCAGCUGCUACUCACAGCCCUUUCCUCCCUUAAGCCCUUCAGGGAUCCGGCGAAGAACCAACGUGUUCUGUACACAGCUCUCGCGGAAAGUCUGAGGCAAUUCCCACCAGAGGGUCCAGUUUCGGGAGAGCAUCACGCGAACCAGCUUGCGACAAUCGGCCAUCGUGCAAAUGAGCUGCUGCAGCAUAUUGACAGCGUGUUUCUUUCGAUGGAAGAACCGCUGCUGCAACAGAGCCACCAGAUGGUAGAGCAUCAGCUGCAGCGACAGCAGCCACAACGACAGAAUGAACCACAAGAACAGCGCCAUCACGACAAAGUGGCACCCUGUGUCAGAUUGCAGCAGCCUCAAGGCGACUCAGGCCAAGUGGCAACGGAAGAGAGCGGCAGGAUGGAGUUUAAGGGGUUGGACCCUCCCACUGUAGACUUGAAACUAAGGCUUCCGAAAUACUUCAGCGUUUUUCUAGGGGGCGAGAAGGAGGCGCUUACGUCGCUCACCCAGCAGUUACUAGUAUCGGCUCAGAAUGCAGGUGGCGCUGGGGUGCCUUCCGUCGUAGACAUUUGCGAGAACCUCAAGCCCGUGGACAAAUUUCACACGACGACGUUCUUCUUGGGGGGAGACACGCUGAGGGCAAGCCGCCGAGAGAUUGAGGCUGCGAACGAAUGGCUGGACGGACAGCUCGGCGCCACUUCACAUGAUGUCUCUUGUAGAGACGCCGCUAGCAAGGACCCUUGCUCGUAUUCCUGCGUUUCACCUCGUAUUCUCCGCCUUUACGAGCUAUUGGCAUCGCGGAGACAGCUCAAUCAUUACUUCAAAUUUCGGGUGACUCACUUGCUCCUCACGGAUAUCGGGUUGGCCUGUGCGGCAUUAACCCCUCUCUCCCCGGUCCUGCCGCUAGCAGAGCCUUCGCGACCGCGGACAUCCGCCAUCCAGGUCUCAAUAGGUAGCAGCACUUUGCUAGGGGAUUCUCUCUCGGGAGAUCAAGUGGAUGGUCCCGUUAGCUUAGAACUUGCUAAGACGGCGAGGGAGGUGGAUGCCGGUGUCGGGCAGUGCGGACCUUCCUGUGCUGUAUGUGGGCCUCACGAAGUACCCAGGCAGGCUUCAGGUUUGCAGCCCUUGUGCAUGGCUGCAUAUCACUACGCGCACGUUACUCUAGGCCUUUCUGGAGGUGCAACGGCAGUGAUGUCCAAUGACACUAUAGCAGCGGCAGACAAGGCCAUAUUACAGGGCAUACGUGAGAAAAAACUUAGGGCGAACACGCCUAGACCCUUCCGGACGGGUAGCGCACGCAAUGCAGUAGGCGUUCCUGAGGAUCGAGGCAAGCCCCCUGUUGCCAAAGAUGCGUACCACAAUCUACAGUGUUGCCCAGUAGGAGGCAGCGAUGACCCGCAAGAGCUCAUGUUCUUCACAGGGGUGCCCAUUGGGAACCGGUGUGCCAGGUUGUGGGUUUGGUCCGUACCGACUGAGGUGCAGGAAGAGGUUGAGGGACCCGUGCAGGCCUGUUAA